GAGUUCAAGUGAAGAAGACAAGGAACACAUCCACAAAAGUUGUGGCUGUCUAUAGUGGUGAUUGUCUAUGGUAUCUCAUGGGAAGCAAGGAUAACAGAACAUCCAGUUUUGUUAUAAAAAAGUACUGUGAUGAGCACACUUGUACUAAAUCCUGGAAGCUCAAGGGGUUGACAGCUCCUUUCCUAACCAGGAAAUUUAGAGAUGAGUUCAGGGACAACGAGAAGAUGCCAUUGAAGAAAUUUUCGGAGAAAGUUCAAAUAGAGUACAACCUCAUACCAACCAGGAGCAAAUUGGGAAGAGCCAGAAGAGCAUCAGUGAAGGAGAUAAGGGGGGAGGAUGAUGAUCAGUAUAAUCAGUUGUGGGAUUAUGGAGAGGAGUUAAGGAAAAGCAAUCCUGGUAGCAAGUUUUUCUUAUGCACAAAGGAGAUAGUAGAUGAGAAGACAAAAGAGACAAAAGAGCACUUCUCCACAUUGUAUUGGUCUUUGGAUGCAUGCAAGAGAGGACGGGUAAAUGGGUGCAGGCCAAUAAUUUUUAUUGAUGGAUGUCACAUAAAAACUAGAUACAAAGGAAAUUUACUGACAACUGUUAGUAUUGACCCAAAUGACUGUAUCUACCCCAUAGCAUUCGGCCUUGUGGAAGUGGAGUCAACUAGCAGCUGGGAGUGGUUUAUGGCAAGCCUAAAGGAUGACCUCAACAUAUGUAACACAUCUCCAUACACAAUUAUGAGUGACAAACAAAAGGGCCUCAUAAAAGCAGUGGCAAAGGUAUGGCCUGAUGCUGAACACAGAUUUUGUGUGAGACAUAUGUAUCAGAAUUUCCACAAGCUCCACAAAGGUGAACAACUGAAGAACAAUUUGUGGGCAAUUGCUAGGGCUACAAACAACCUUGCAUACAGAAAAGCAAUGCAAAAGAUGGAACAAGACAGCAUUGAUGCAUACAAAUGGGUUGAGAAAUGGCCACCAAGAACUUGGAUUAAAGCAUUUUUUAACCCAUUUCCAAAGUGUGACAUUCUACUCAAUAACAUGUCUGAAGUUUUCAAUAGUUGGAUCUUGGAAGCUAGAUAACUACCCAUUAAGUCUAUGUUGGACAGCAUCACUGACAAGACCACAAGCAGAAUGUACAA